AUGGAAAGUUUGGAUAAGAGAAAGAGGAUGUUGGAACGUGGAAUUGUUGCUUUGUCAUUUUUAAUUUCUUCUGAUCGAAACGCCUUUCCCGGAAGUCAAUUAAAUUCACUAUCAUCUCCCUCCUCAACAUCUCCCACCAUUCCUGAGCAGUAUCAGCAGCCUAACCAUCAUCAAACUAUUCGCAAUCAAGUUCACCCUCCUCCAUUUCUGCAUCCAACCAACAAUAAUCAUCAUCCAGAAACUAUAGGCUCGACGGGCUCAAACGAUGCCUCUUCUGCAUCUUCAUCAGGCUCACUUCCUUUCGAAUACUGUAUGAGUACAGCUUCAGAAGCCGACUUUUUAAGGGCGCAAAAUCAAAAAUUAUUGGGGGUAUGA